UUCCAGCCAUGGCGGCGCUGGGCGGGGGAGGCCGCGGGCUCUGGGGGCGCCUCGGGGAGACCCGGCUCGGCCGCUGGGUCCUCUCCCUGUGCCGCGAUUACUCCUCGUCUGCCCUCGAGGCCUGGCAGGGGGCUCGGCGGCGCCCGGGCCGCGCUUUGGGGGUCCUGACCCUGCUGGGGGCCCUGGGGGUCUGUGCCGGGUCCGUCCCCGACCUGCAGGCGCUGGAGGGCGGCGGUGGCGGCCGGGGGUGCUGGGGCUCCCCGCGGUGCCGCAGCCCCCGCGCCGAGCGCAGGGUGCGGCGGCUGCUGCGGCUGCGGGAGCGGGGCGGGCUGGGCGUGCUCAGCCUGGGCGUGCUGAGCCUGGCGCGGGAGGAGCCGCCCGGGGCGGGGCCCGCCCUCUACUCCGCCCGCUGCCCGCACCUGGGCCCCGCCCUGCCCGCCCCGCCGCUGGACGUCGGGUUCCUGGGCCGCUGGUGGGGGCUGAGCCGCGCCCUGCGCGACUGCGACGUCAACGACGGAGAGUUCGACGGCUUGCCCGAGCCCCUGCGGCGCCUCGACCCGCGGGCACUGCGAUCUGAGGACAACGAGAGGCUGUUCAUGGAGAGGAUGAGGCCUGUGGUGCUCAGGGACGAGGAUCUGGAGGGGGAGCUCUGAGGGGACCC